GUUUGGAAGACAACUGGGCCCACCACUCGACUGGAAUGACCACGAAGGUGUACCUGAAGGCUGGCAAGACGACGAUCGCCUCCGCUGAGGCCUAUCUCCUGUCCUUUCCAGAGAAGCCCUUCAAGCUUCCAGUUCACCUGCCAAGUCGUUUCAGCGUGGCCCGGCCAGGUGUGGACUGGGUACCUCCCGAGCUGGCAGUGGCGAAGCUUCCUCCUCCCGUGCAGCAGAUGCCGGCCUACAGCGAGCAGGAGUACAUGAAAGCUGUCUUCGAUCGAGAUCAGCACGUGCUAGAUCCAAGGUCUUGCGCCGUUGUGGAGGAGGUCGGUACUGAAGAGCGCAAUGCCAACCAGGGCUGGCGCAAGCACCUGAGGGCCAAUCGGCCUAUUCGGGGCAUAGGAGAGAUCCACCACGACCUUUGCUUCCCCGGAGGUCUUGCGCCGGCAGCAAUGAGCUCGGAGAAGUAUCUCGUCCAGGACACCGCUGGCAUCAGAUUCGUAGGCGCCAUCAAGCUGGGCCCGCAAGCUUCCGAAGCCAUCUACUUGACAGAGGACGGGAAGAAGCUCGCAGACGGCACCUUGUCCUUGGUGGCGCACCCUGCCAUGGGUAUGGCAGCCUUGGAUGACCACCUUGCCCACCUCCCACGCUGCGAUGGACGUGAAAAGACCUCCGUGACAUGGAAGCAGGAGAUGGAGGUCAAAGCGUUUCUACCCGUGGGCCAGGAGCUCGAGUUUGAGUGCUUCUGCCCGGAGAAGCAGGGAGGGCCCGUCGGCACCAGCGUUCAGGGCGAGAUUCGCUACGAAGACCAGGUCUUGGUGACGCUGUCCGCCAUCAUUACGUCGAGUGAUCGGGAUGCACCUGGCUCUGCGGGGCUGUAG